UAAUUCGGGCUUUUGUUUUUGAGGCCAUGACACGAGGCACGCGCGUGACUUUAAAAAACAAAACAACACUACUAACAGGUUGAAGCUCAGCGAAAUACUAAUCGGUCACAUUUUCAAUUCAACAAUUUUAAUUUGUCCGACGAACUGCCUUUUGUUUUGUACUUCAAUUUCCAUACCAAGGCUAGCACAGCUCAGGGCAGAGCGUAGUACUUUUUGGAGGCGUGUAGCUGUCGAGAUAGCGCAGGCGAUAACUUGAUCGGCGUGCGUCGCCUGUCUCAGCGAGUUUGAUUCUUUUCCUUUACAUUACGAUAAGCAGUCCGGUUACAUCAUGAAUGGUUCAUUACGGUGUCUACCGCGUCUUCGACGCAUUACGGCAAAAUGUACCCGUCGGAGGAAGCGGUUCCCGCGGCACCUGUGAUUCAAGCGGGUGACUUCAUUCCCCUGCAGCCCCUUUCGGAGAAAGGGACAACUACUGGCCUGUCGAUAAGCUCAGCGUUUGAAGGGAAUGUCACCGUAAACAUGCCUCCGCCCAAGCCAGGUGUUUUCUUCUUUGCCUUGCUGAUUUUGGCCGCUGCGUGGACCCUUGCUGGUGUCGCGAUUUUUGGCGUGUGUUUCUUUUUUUACAAGCACUACCACGCGGCGAUAUGGGCCUUGGCAUCGGCAAUCUUUGCAGGAGGUGUCCUUCACCUUCAGAUUCUGCACCUCGCAAAAAGGCUUGACAUGUGGCACGAUGUGCACACGCUGGGAGGACUGAAGGUUCUUGGUGUCAUUGUGUCUGCUGGCAGCCUUGUUUCAUCCACAGCAUACUGGGCCUUCGUCAUCACUAGGCAUGAAGUGUUUUCCAUGGCCAGUGGCGCAUUGUACCCUCCAGCUAUUCUGAGCACCAUCACUCUACUCUGGGGCCUUCUCCUCUACGGCAGUGCCAGGCAUUGCCAGAAGCGCGUUGCCGAUGCUCACCCAAGUCUUCUUGCCUACGGUGGUUAUGGCGCCCCUGACGCAUAAGUGUUGCUUGGACUAAGAACUCUGUUUUAGUUUAACUUUUUGUACUUUUGUACAAAUAUACAUGCAAUUGCUGGUGCUGUGCGCUGCGCUCUAUGCAUUGGACAGGCCUCGAAAAGUAUUUCCCCCUUGUAAAUAGCAAACUUUUUGAUCUUUUAAUACUUUUGUAGUUGUUUUCCCGUUGCUGUAUAGUAUUGAUUCCAUAAAUUAAAGGCUUUUUGUCAUUUUUCUUAUCAGUA